GGCUGUGGGGAUGACAGAAAAAGAGCAAAAGAAUGGAGUGUUUUUUAUGUACACUGCUGCUGUUGCAAAGCUUUGUGUUUGUGGUACAGCAGCAGGUAAAUGGAGGACUCGCUGACAAUGAGAUCCAGCAACAGCUCAUCAAUGAGGACAGAAGACCAAAUCUGAUAGCUGAUGCUUCAACUGACAGCCAACAAUACUGCCAUGUGUGCUUCUCUGACAUUCAUGCAACACUGAGAGAGCUGACCACCACCGUUACAGAGCAGAAAGCCAACAUCAGAGUCUUAGAGACGCAACUGAGGGAACAACAGAUGUUUAUCCUGGAAGAACUGAACAAAAAGAAUGAUGAAAUGUCAAAUCUUACUUGGAGUCAAGUGGAGGAGUUGAAAAAGGAAAAUAGAGACAGAGAGAUAGCGUUUUCAGCUUCACUAUUGCAACGUGGAAACAGUGGAAAUGUCGGUCCUUUUACUACUGAUAUCACACUGACCUACAGGAACGUCUUCACAAACAUAGGAAAUGCCUACAACCCAAUUACAGGUAUUUUCACAGCACCACUGAAAGGAGCGUACAUGUUCAGAAUCUCUGUCUAUGGUAAUACUGCUCUAUCAAAUCCAUCAACCAUUUACCUUAUGAAGAAUGGAGAGCAUGUGGUUGUAGCACAUGGAGAUCAGGCUCAGGGUGUCUUAAACUCCUCGAAUGGAGCUGUGUUGAUUCUGGAGGUUGGAGAUGUCGUCUAUGUGAGUCUUCGGUCUGGCAGGAGAAUAUAUGAUGAUGACAAUGACCACAGCACAUUCAGCGGUUACCUGCUGUUUCCCUUAAGAGAACAGGAGCUUUGCAGAAUGUGAUUACAAUUAUUCUGAACCUCUGGCUUUAAAAGACAAAUAUCAUGAAGAAUCAUUAACAUGAAUCUGUAUUAAUGCGAAGUGAUGUGUUGUUGAUGAUGUUUACACAAGAAUCUAUUGCAAAUUUCAGUGUAAUACAUUUAUACUCUAGUUCUAAGCUGUCUAUACAUGCAAUUUUGUCAGAAAAGUUAAGUUGGCCUUAAUCUUUUGACAUAUAAGAGGUCUUUGUACCAUUAAAGCAUUCUGAAAAUGUCAUAGCUUAAAUGGGUCAUAUGAUGUUCCUAAAAAUAAUAUUAUUUGGUGUA